AUGGACCUCGAAAAAGAUGAUGACACCAUCGCGCAAAUUGCUCAACUAGAAGGUGUCGGAGCUACUGUACGAAGAUGCAUAAGCGGACGUAAUACAAUUGAUCCAUUCUUAAUGUGUGAUAUUUUUGAAGUUUCUCCACCUGCUGGAUUUCCUGAUCACCCUCAUAGAGGAUUUGAAACCGUCACAUAUAUGCUAGAAGGUUACAUAUAUGUAUAUCUUUAUUUGGAGAUGGGAACCGAAACCCGAAACUAUAAGCUUAGGGGUAUACAAUGGAUGACUGCUGGUCGUGGAAUAGUGCAUGCCGAGAUGCCGAUAACCAAGUCAAAAGGAAUUCAACUUUGGAUUAAUCUUUCAGCCAAAAACAAAAUGAUAGAACCCUCUUUUCAGAAUCUUAGUGAUGAAAAGAUUCCAAGAGCAAAUCCUGAAGAAGAAAUUGAAGUUAAAGUUAUUGCAGGUUCAAGUUUUGGUGUUAAAAGUAAUGUAUUUACUAGAACCCCAACCAUGAUGUUAGAUUUUAAGUUAUCCAAAGGAAAAAAGGUUGAACAAGAGAUUCCAAAAGAUUAUCAAGGUUUUAUUUACGUUUGGGAAGGAAGUGCUUAUUUUGGUGGAAAUCGAUUCAAUGGACAAGAAAAUUACGCAUUAUUCUUGGAUGGUAAUAAUGGUGAUUAUUUACCUGUUGAUGCGGCAGACGAUAAUGUUAGAUUUAUGCUUUUUGCCGGUCAACCUUUAAAGGAACCAAUAGUGAGCUAUGGACCUUUCGUUAUGAAUACUGAAGAAGAAAUAUUUCAAACUAUGUCAGAUUAUAAUAG